GCAGCCUGAGGCAUCUCUGGACAAAAUGGGUAAACAAAAGACAAGUUUCAGUAUAGUCAAAUACAUCUUCUUUGGCUUUAACAUCUUUCUAUGGCUUCUGGGAUGUGGUGUCCUGGCAGUGGCCAUCUGGCUGUGGGGCACCCGCGGCACAAGUGUCUCUGUCAUCCCGACCUACUCGUUCCUCAGCGCUUCCUCCCUGUGCAUCAUCGCUAGCGUCAUUAUCCUGGUCAUCGGCUUCAUGGGUUGCUGUGGGGCCUUCUUGGAGAACCAGUGUUUGCUCAUAGGGUAUUUUGUUUUGGUCUUGCUCGUGUUUGCCCUGGAGAUCACAGCUGGCACCCUGGGUUUUGUCAUGAAGGAUCGGGUGCAUAAGAUAAUCCACAGCGAGAUGACUGGUGGCAUCCGCUACGACUACCGCACAGAGGUGCAGAUUGAGACAGCUGACCACAACAACACUCUGGUUGACCGUGACUCCAAGGGCUGGUCCACGAUGCUGGACCUAGUGCAGAAAGAUCUUGGGUGCUGUGGUGUGGACAACCACACAGACUGGUACUAUGUGCAGGCCUGGCCCAAUGAGCAGAGAGUGCCUGAGUCGUGCUGUAUUCGUCCUACCAAGGACUGCGGUAUAGGGGGCUCUGACCUUUGGUACGAUAGGGGCUGUAUUGAAGAAGUGGAGUACUGGUUCACUCGCAACAUGUAUGUGCUUGGGGUCACUGGGGUCACCGUUGGAUCUGUGCAGAUUCUUGCCAUGGUUGCUGCCAUUGCUCAGUUUUGCUAUAUACGCAGCAAAAGAUUUCCCCUGUGACGGAAGGGAGGCUAGCAGUAUUUGUCAAGAACUCUGAACUCAUCAGUGCUCUCUACCACCUACAUGAUAAGACUACUUGUGUUCAUUUUUCCACCUGGGAUUUGAGAGUCACAGGCUGUUUGCCGCGGUUGUAAAAAAAGUGGACUUGGUGUUUUACAAUUGAUGUUUCAUCCAAGCACUGGCUUUUGUACAUGUUUUCAACUUUAAGUGUCUAGGAAACACUGGCUGUGUCAUACUUUCAUUGUGGAUCCAUUCCAGGAGUCGUUGCGGUCAGGUUGUUGAAUGACUAUGAUUUUAGCAUCUGCUGUUGUUUUUACCUCUUUUUUUUUUUUUCCAUGUAUUUAUUUAUUGCUCUUUGAGAGUGAAGAAAGGCUACAAAGAAGACAUGUUUACAACGGAGGCACAUGUGACUAUGCUUGAAGCUGAUGUACUCUUAAGUGUAUUUAUUCUGAGUAGAAAGUUAACAAGUGCAUUGUGCUGUGCGUCUUUAAAAGGGUUGUUUUGUGGCUGUGAAAUUAAAAUUUCAGCUAUUUAUUUUUUCUUCAUGUGCAUCUCGGGCAGGAUUUAGCAAUAUCGCGACUGCCCUGUGCAGUAGAAGUUGCUCCAGUGAGAUCACUUUUUGAUUUAAAAUUAAAUCUACCUUCAAAAUAUGUACUUGUGCCACGACACGGUGGAAUCAGGCUCUCGUCAAUUUUUGGACACAUAAUGUUAUUGAAAUCACCUUAAAGCUUGUUCAUUUGUCUUACUUUUGAUGAAAAAAAUA